CAGCACCUGACCACACCCCGUCGGUCUGCAGCACCCUGCUGCUAUUCCAUAAUAUCACACUACAUGUCUCAAAGCUCAUGAUUACAGCUUCCGACAACCUAUAAUAUUGAUGGCGACAUCAUAUGCCUACCUUGCCUCUCACUUGACCAAUAGGAUCUUGGAUUGCAGCACUUGCACUGCCAGGGAUCCUUACUUGCUUUCAGUAGUAGUGGUGCCUUUACCUCACUGGGUGUGAAAGACAUUGCCCCAUGGAAAGCCCUGGAUUGAGUAUGGAUUUUGGACUGUUAUGUGACAGUUGAGCAGAGAGGGAGAGGAAGAGAAACAAGGGAGAAGUGUGGGGGACAGGAGGAGGAUAAGACAAGAAUAAACGGCCAGGGAGAUGGGAAACAUUAACAAAGCUUCUAAAAAGAACCGUAAAAGGAAGAAGGGGGAGUUGCCCAUCGGACAAAGCGGCGCCCCAUUGGCCGCAGCCAUGCUGGGGGGCCUGGGGGGUGCAGGUGAGGUAGACACGGAUGACGAGGAAGAAGGAGGGAGCGAGCAGGACAUUGAUGAGCCCCUGUGCGCUCUGGUUAAGAACUGCAACAUGCUGCACCACUUAGUGGGGCCUGCUUGUAUCUUCCUCAGACAGAGCUUUGCACAGAGCCAGCUUGACAGAGAUCUACGACCAGAGGAAAUGGAAGAGCUGCGUGAGGCAUUCAGGGAGUUUGACAAAGACAAGGAUGGCUUCAUCAGCUGUAAAGACCUGGGCGAGUGCAUGAGGACUAUGGGAUACAUGCCGACAGAGAUGGAACUGAUAGAACUCAGCCAGCAGAUAUGUGGCGGCAAAGUGGACUUUGAGGACUUUGUGGAACUGAUGGGUCCCAAAAUGCUCGCUGAGACUGCAGACAUGAUUGGAGUCAAGGAGCUGAGGGACGCCUUCAAAGAGUUUGACUCUGAUGGGGAUGGCCAGAUCAGCCUUGGGGAGCUGAGGGAAGCCAUGAAGAAGCUAAUGGGGGAGCAGCUAAACCACCGCGAGAUAGACGAGAUCCUGCGAGACAUUGACCUCAACGGGGACGGACAGGUGGAUUUUGAAGAGUUUGUGCGAAUGAUGUCUCGCUGACUCUAUUGCUCUUAACAGAACACGGACCAGGCUGCACACUGUU